AUGAACGCUUGCCAUUGCACCCCUGCAGACCACGAUUACGAACUUAGGCGGGAUAUACUCCCUCAGCGUCCUGCCCUUGUGGACGAGAACUUGGCUAGGCAACUGUUCGCCGGGUCAUACCCUUCAGUCUUUUUCGGAAGGGGUUUGUCCAUCGAUGCGCUCAGCCGGACAAAUAAUUUCGAAGAAAUCGCCAAUAUGAUGAGAGAUCCUGGCUGGGACAAGCCGUUCGACCAGGUUCGGGUUGGCAAUGACCACAAAAUACUGGUGAAAGUAAAUUGGCCCGAUCACGAUCCUCUAGAUACGGCACACGGAGAAUACGUACCUCUCGAGGCCGCGAACCGUCCUGGAAUUCCUUCCACUAAAGCCCAGCUUGCUCUCCUCGUUGGUCAGGUUGUUAUGAGGGCGAUGGAGCGAGUCAAAAACAACCGUCCUGGAGACCACCGCUGCUGGGCGGUGAGCACAAAUGAAGAAGACGGCCUCACAAAGCGCUGCGUCUACCUGUACGCCAUUCACCACGUCGGCGGGUUCACUUAUCAACCCGAGCUCCAAGUCUAA